AUGACGAAGUCCAAGGAGGGUGCAUUCGAGCUGAUCGAGAAUCUUGCAGCGAGCUCGAGCAACAAGAACGCUGAGUACGACAGAACAGUGAGCACUGUAUCUGUCAAAGGAAGCAGUGCUGACGCGAAGAAGAUUGAGGAGCUCACUGCGAAGGUGAAUCUAUUGAUGAAGGCGCAGCAGAAGUCUGUUCAUUUUGUUGACGAGAACGAUGAUGCACCUAUCUCUCAAGAGUUUGGAGGAGAAGAGGACGACGAUGAUCAGAUGGAGGUCAACUAUGUGAAUGGGCAACCUUUUGUGCCGAACCGUGGUUUCAACUCGAACUACAGAAACCAUCCGAACAUGUCCUACAGGAGCACCAACGUCGAGAACCCUCAGGAUCAGGUCUAUCCGCCUCGAUCGAACCAGAACCAGCAGAGCUAUCCUAACAGCUUCCAGGAGAAGACCUUUGCCCCAAACCAGAAUCGUUCUCAAGGUGGUAACCAACAGAAGGCGCAGUUCAGCAAUCAGCAACAACCUUCAGGUUCAUCGAACAACUCGAACGAUGAGCUUAAGGGUAUGAUGCAGCAGAUGUUGAUGAACCAGCAGAAGUCCACUGCGGAGACACACUUGAAGAUAGACACCAUGUACAACGAUCUGAAUGGGAAGUACGAAGCUGUGUGGACUCACGUGAAGAAGCUGGAUGUCCAAGUAGCUCAAACCGCUGAAGCUGUGAAGAGACCUCAGGAACCCUUCCUGGGAAAGGAGAGCAAACCCCAGGAAUGA